UCUUUGUAAAUUGAACGGUGAAAACACGGAGAGCUGUCCCAAGAUGAUUGCUGGAUUACUAUCUCUAGUGUCUUGUGCUCUGGUGACACUGACUUCUGGGAUUACAGUGUCACCAAUUGUGAGACAAAAGUAUUAUACAACAACCACCAAAGUGCCUCAAAUGAUUGCAUACUUCCAACCUUCACCUCAAAUUCGCGCCAAAAAUGCAGACAGUGUGUCCAGUGCUGCGAUUUUCGGAAGAGAUGUGAUUAAAAUUGUUCAACCGCCAGACAAUGUGCGUGGGAAAGAAUUUAUCAGAGGUGGUUCGAGGAGUGAUCUUAAGAAUCGUGUUAAGUUAUCCCCGCAGUUUGAAUUUGCCAAUCCUGGAUUGAAAUCUAUCCCAAUACAGAUUGAUCCGAGGCAGCAGAACUAUCAACUGCAGAAAGAUUUCUUUUCGAGAUCACCAAAUAUUCGAGAAUAUCCUCAAGUGAAGCCUUCUGUGGGUUUUGAUGUGAAUCCUGUGGUGAAUCAGCUCAAUGUCUUAAGAAUGAAGCACAGAGAUCUUUUCGCUGAAGAAGAGGGUGUGCCACAGUUUGAUUCCAAGAAAACUCAGCGUUUGCAGAAGCCACCCCUGGGUUAUGAGAUUUUUGCUCAAGAAAAGGAAAAUUUCAGGAAGAACAUAUCUCCAACACGAAAGCGGAAGGAACCUCAGAGACAGAGACUUGAGGAAAAAAAUCAUACUACCAGCCAGGAAGCUCCGACGAGAUUUGUGCCAACUCGUCUCUAUGCCCAAGUCCGUCAUUCAUCCACCCAGAAGCAUCGACCACGCCAAUUGGAGGAACCUCGAGCAAGAGAGAGAUUGCAGACGAAGAAGACUCAUGUGGUCUACUCUGAAGAUGGAUAUGAAGAUUCCAAAUAUGAUCACGGUGAUGAGGAAAAGUUUGCUGAGCACAAAGAGCGUCGCGUGAAGAGAAACACGGAAGUGGCUGAAGCUGAAGAACUACCAGUGGCACUCGCAUUGAUUGGCAGUGCCAAUUUGACUGGUGAAGAGGUGCUUGAGUACUUGGAGGAAGUCAUUAGAAAUAGCUCAAAGUACCUCCCGGAUGACCAUGAUGACGAUCGGUUCAGCUUCACGUCGCACCUCUUAAAUAAAACCGAAAUUGAGAAGUUGUUUGCUCUCCCCGUUCCAGAUACCAUGGAGAGUGAAUCUCGCCAGUCAAAUCACAAGGACAAAUACCCAUUCUAUUUCUUGCCAUCCACUGAGAAUUUGCCACAUUCUUCGGCACUGAGGUACGCUGAAACACCAAAGACACUCCCUCGCAAGGGUGAGACAUUCUAUGCUACAAAGAAAAGAAAAAUUUGCGAAGAAAUUGAUCAGGAUGUGGACCCCACUGAAACGAUGGACAAGAAAAGGCGUUUGAACAAUUUGGGCGACAAAAUUGACUGUUUCAGGGAAAAUUUCUUUGGUGAAGAUCCUUUGGAUAAUCCUAUCUUUCACGAAGAAUUUGUUGAUGCUCAAGAAACAACCACAGUCAGCAUAUCAACGGAUCAAAUUGAAACUUUGACACAGCAGAAAACCAAUCAAAAUCGCAAUCCGGGAAUAAAUGUCUAUGAUGAUGUUAUCAGUAAUAUUAGGGCUGCUGUUGUGGCAGAUACUCUAAGUCGACAUGCUCGAACUCGACAAGCAUACCUCAAUAUUCCCAAAGUUGAACCGCAACCCGAGAAAGUAAAGCUGGAGAGGCCAAGAGAUGUUGUUAGAAGCAAUGACAAGAAAAUUAUUCAAAAUUAUAUGAAUCACAAUGGAUUUGUCUUUGAUAUUUCCAAAUAUUUCCCACCACUCUAUGUAGUGCAGCCGGAGAGUGGGAAAAUCUACAGAAUCCAUCCGCAGCAGAGAAUUGUGAAAUCUAAGAAGAAACUCAACAAAUCCAAAGGCAAGAGAGUGUCGCAUAAAACAAAAGAUUAUACUGUUUUCCCAACGAUCGGCACCUCAACACCAAACACUGUUCGACCACAACUCAUUGUACAUCCUAUUAUGUCUUCUGGAAAUUAUCCGUACAUGGCCCUGAAGAAGAAUAAAAACAGAAAUUUCCACUAUGAGGGACUCAUCUUCCACUGAGGCUUGUUAAAUUCUCCUUCCUAUCUUAUCUAUUUCUAUAUUUCUAAUAAAUUUUUAUUUAUUGUUAAA